GUCUACAUCGCCGAGGGUCGUCCCGGAAAGCCGGAGCAAGCCAAGCAGGCCACGAUCCCCGAGUCCCUCCAGCAACUCGAUCGCGCGGACCGAUUUGGAGGAGGCCGCAAGUCAGAGGCCCACAUCACCCGAACCGACCUCGCCGGAGCGCAAGAGGAGCAACUGCCAGCUUGGACCAGGCCCGUAUGUCAUGGCCGAUUCCAUGGA